AAAAGGUUGAGCUGUUUGCAUUUUCCUUUCAAUUUGACUUUUGUUUGACUAUUCCAGUGUGUUGACAAUAGUUUAAGUAGUUAUAGUUAACAGCAAUGGUGGAAGAAGCUAGGGAGGUUUUUACUUAAGUAAAAGCAACAAUGCCACAAUACAGACGGAAUUCAGUGCUCAGUCGUGUUUAAAAUUUCACUAGAUUUGAGGAACAUGUCAAUGAAGAAAUCAGCCUCAGAACUAAUGAAAAUAGCUUUUUAUCAGUGUGUCCUGUUCUUAUGUAAAUUACAAAGCCAAAUAUGACCAAUUUUGUGAUGUUUAACAUAUAAUAUUGCAUUAUAAUUUAGCAAGUAAUCUCGGUCUUUUAAAUCAUUUUUUAAAAUGGCCAGAUUUUUAAAGAGGAUCACACAUUGACUUGCUUUUGAACUGCACUCAAAUUCAAUUAACUGUGGAUUUUGUGGAUGUUCACAAGUGCAAUCAACAAAGAGCUUAACUGAGCUCUUAAAAAUUCAAUCAAAAUGUUCUGACUUAAUCAGCAGCCCAUUUAAACUCCCAGAUAAUGAAUAGAUCGCCCUCUUUCUUAAACUCUGCUGAUUAUCAGUGAUCAAGAAAUAGAUACUCAGCGGAUGGUGGAAACUACAUCAGUGUUCUUAUUCUCAUGAUGCCAUUGUGAAAAGUUCCUCCUGAUAGGCUAAUGGGCCUCUCAUAUUAGCUAAAUAUAUUUAGAUUUUCUCCAAAACCUGAAGGAGGCCAAGAACCUUCCCUAACUCUUAAUCAACUUAAAAACUCAUUUUACGCACGCAUCAGUCCAUAGCCGCGUUUUUCCCGUGUGCGUCAGAAAGCAAAUGGACAACUAAAGAAAAACAGACAAAUGAAUGUUUGAACUUGAAGUACAUACUUAUCAAAUGGCAGGUCUGACGCUACCAGUGUGUGAUGGUGUGUGCAUCAACCAGGUUAUUUUAUAAAACUCGUCCAAAGCAGUGAAGCGUGCGUAAUGGCACGUUAUCACGGUCAUCUGUGCUGCAGUGUUGAACAGGUAAAAUAAAGAAUAAAUCCAAGUGUUUAGUCAUUUGGCUGUUUGUUGUAGAUCCGUGCGUAAACGUUUCAAAUGAGAAAAACAAUAUUUUGGAUGUCAGUACACAAAAAAGCUGUUGUUGAAAUGUUAAACGAGUUGUCUUUUUGCAUUAUUUAAGGGGUCCAACUGCUGUUAAAAAACGUACUUUUAUGUCUAAAUUGCUUGAGGAUGUGAGAAGACUACUAAAGCAGCAUGAGCUCUAUUGACGUGCUGCUUUUAUCUGUUUCACUCAUUGCGUUUUGCUCCAGAAAAUCGGUAGUUUAAACGGAAAUGCUACAUUUCUUUUUGAAAGAUAUGAAGCAUUAAAUGUUUGUAAAUAUAUUACACCUUCCUUUGACUUCACAUGAUCAAAUCAGCUUUCAAUCCUCAAUCCAUGUGAGCAGCCCCCUAUUGUUGUGCUGAUUGCACCCCCCAGUCCCCCGCCCCACAGGCCGGGUAUAGGAGAGGGUCAUUUCUAUAAGAGGUCUCUCUGCCCCAGUGUGGUUUCUUUCUGGACAUCCACUCACAAAAAGCCAUUGUGAAUUUGACCAUUGAAAUCUGAUUCUUCCCCCCUUUUUUCCGCAACAUGAAAGCGAAGGUUUUCACUACGUCUUUAGCACAAUGGUGAACAUGAGGAGUUAGUGACGCUGGGACAUGAAGCUCUGUCACGACAGGUCACUCACCUAAAGCGUGCAAAAGUGGCAGAUUUGUGAAAUGUCAUCUUCUCUUUCAUCUCAGCCAAGCAUGUACGCUCAACACCCGAUAGCCGCCCUGAAAGGAUUUCAGCAGACCUGGAAAGACUGUCUGGCAGCUGCACAGAAGAGUUGGUUUUGGACGAAGCUCGUUUUUUUCUGUUGUUGUGGAUAACCCUGCGCUUAGAGUUUUUGCUUCUUUAGGCAGUGAAUGGUUGGCAAAGCAAGCUCAGCUAUUUCUUUGAAACAUAUGGGAGUUUCAAGAGGACGGGGAUCUGGGAUCACCAAAUACUGAAACGCAAUCUCCCAUUUUCAGUGACUCAGCGAGCCUGCUACACGACCACAUAUUUCAGUUUCAGGGUUACAAGAUGACAAUGGCAUCUAUCAAGCCCAUCCUCAGCAAGGCUGGACAUUGAAACUAUGCGUGACCACUGAGCCGGACCUUGAAGAUUGAAUGCAUGUUUGGCACGGUACCUAUCCGUCUGAAUCCCCACCUUGUAGCAACAGGUUACGCACCUGGCCUCCCUCAAAUGCACUUAUAGCGCACGGCUUUGACUUUGCUCUUCUCUCAGUACUGCGGUUUUUACACAUGACUCCAACCAUGGUGGAGCACAGCGGCCUGGAUAUUAUGUGUCUGAACAAGUAUUGCCACAGCUCCUCGUCGUCGUCCAGCUCCGAGCACGACAAGAAGAUUUUCACCAAAUUAAAACUCAGUCUGUCAGGGGACUACCCGAGGAAGAACGCAGAGAUCCUCAGCGGUCAGUACGGGACAAACUUGCUGCUGAUCGGGGCGGCGCUGAUGCUGGCCAUUGCGCAUCAUGACCCCUCUGUCAAGGAAGAGCACCUGCUGUCCUUUGCCACUUGCCUCAUGAUCCUCCAGCUGAUCUGGAUGAUGUGGUACAUCCUGGUGCAGGACAGACAGAAGAGCACAAGGACCGAGAAAGAUGUCCACGCCACCACAUGCUGGAUAAGAGGUGGUUUGACUCUCCUUGCACUCCUUUCACUGAUUAUGGAUGCUUUCCGAAUCGGGUAUUAUGUUGGUUAUCAGUCUUGUGUGUCGGCUGUGCUCGGAGUAUAUCCUGUCAUCCAUGCAAGUCACACUGUAGCACAGGUGCAUUUUCUCUGGUUUCAUAUCAAGGAUGUCAUCAAAAGCUUUGAAACUUUUGAAAGGUUCGGUGUAAUCCAUGCAGUCUUUACCAAUCUCCUGCUGUGGUGCAACGGUGUGAUGUCAGAGGCUGAGCACUUCUUGAACAACCAUAAGAGAAGACUCUCUGCUCUAGGCUAUGAAAACCUCACUAUAGAGCACUCAGAGCCAGACUGUAACUGCACCACCAGUACUUGCUCCAUGUUCUCCAGCAGCCUCUACUAUCUCUACCCCUUCAACAUUGAGUACCACAUCUUUGUCUCUGCCUUGCUUUUCGUCAUGUGGAAGAACAUCGGGCGUACUAUUGACCUCUCUUCAAACCGGAAAAGGCUGGUUACCAAAACCCAGGGCUUGACUUUAGGCCCCAUUCUGGGUCUACUUGCACUUGCCAGCACCAUCGGGAUACUGGUGGUCUACAUCACCCAUGUAGAGGAGUCCCUCCGAAUGCGACAGUCAGCCAUUUCCAUGUUCUACAUUUAUGGCAUUGUCAUGCUGGUGGUCAUGUGCUUCGCCGGCGCUUCAGGUCUACUCAUAUACCGAGCGAACCACAUGCCUCUGGACACCUCCAAAAACCCAUCGAGACAACUGGACACAGAGCUGUUGUUUGGAUCCUCCAUAGGCUCCUGGUUCAUGUCCUGGUGCAGCGUAGUGGCUGUGUUGAGCACCAGCAGCAGUCCUCCCUAUCGCUGGACCAACCUGAUCUACUCUUUGCUGAUUGUUCUGGAGAAGUAUGUCCAGAACCUCUUCAUCAUAGAAUCCCUGUAUCGCCAGCAAGAGAACGGAGAGAGGGAGGACCCAGAGUUACCUGCUGCUCCAGAAAUCUUCUCAGUCACCUCUUCUCUGGCUCCACCGUACAAUGGCAUCAUCAACCGAGCUUAUGAGACUCCGGACAGGACCUGUGUCACCAUGGAGAAUGAGCAGGAGGAGAGCGGGCAGAUGUAUCGGUGUCCACGGAAACACUCUGAGGUGCCGCUGCCGGUGGGAACCAAAGUAGUGGAACCGCCGAAUAUAAAGAGGCAGAUCCUGAAGAACAUAGCUGUUUUACUGAUAAUGUGCAACAUUUCGCUGUGGAUCCUUCCUGCUUUUGGCUGCAGGCCACAGUACGACAACGGUCUGGAACAGGAGACGUUUGGCUUCAGCAUAUGGACCACAGUUCUCAAUUUCGCCAUCCCUUUGAACCUUUUCUACCGCAUGCACUCAGUUGCCUCCCUCUUCGAGGUGUUCCGCCGAGUCUGACAGAAAGGCAGAUGAUUGACAAUGCCAGGUAACAUGCACAGGAACACUUGUCACCACCAGCUCCCGAGAGUGUCUCACAGCACAGGUCAACCGUUCAGGAGGCAGUCUGGGUCACACUCCAACAGACUUGAAAGCAAGCCGUGGAGACAAAGAAACAUAGGUCCCUCAGUGUGGGGAUUACAGCAGAAGAUGAACCUAUUAGCCUGCGUUCCUUGAAGAACUACCUUGUUUUACGCAAGGCUUAUUAAAGAUGUUGAUGGAAAGAAUCCACCGUUUCCUGAAUUUAGAAAGGGUCCUUUGUGCUUUUUUGUAAUCACAUUUCAGUAGCUUUUUUUAAACUGGUGGAUCAUGUACAAUAUAGACGUAUAUGCUUUAUCUGAGAUGCACAUUUUGUACUGUUUCAUAUUAAUGACUGAAAAUAUAUAAUACAUUACUGACUUGAUUACCAUAUCUGAAAAUAUUACAGUGAAGCCAAUGAAACACCUGUUAGUCUGAAUAUCUCAUAAGUUAAUAGUACUGUAUUUACCAGAGCCACAAGUGCGUUGGUGUACAACUUGACCCAUAUUUUAUCUGUAAUUGAAAUCUGCAUACUGUAUAUGGAUGAGGUUCUCAAUUAGUAGUUCAAAAAGUAGUGGAACAGUAAGCGGCACCUGAGCAACAACACGAGUGACAUUCUUACCAGUGUAUGUUAAAUCACCUUUGUGAGUUGGACUUUAGUUCUCAGAAAUAGCACCUGACUAUCUCAGUCAUUCAAGGUUCAUCAGUGUCCUUUUGCAAGCCAAGUCUCUGUUCCGUUGAACCGAUAGAAAGUUCUUUUUAUGUUGAAGAAGGCCAAGGUGAGAUAAUAAAUAUCAAAAAUGCUUCCCUUCUUGACCCAGAUAACAUGAAAUUCAUGUAUCACACGCUAAUGGGUAAGGACAGUUCCAGGAUUACUACACCAAAAUAAAACAUGUUGCAUUACUGCAAUGACAACUGAUGUUUACAACUGAAGGACCAGCAAUAAAAAAACACCAUAGUCCAUGGCAACACUUGUUUCUUUAUUAUUUAAAGCACAGAUACAUACGUAGUUGUACUGUACAAGUUUAUAUCAAAUCAAUGUAUAACUUCAGUCAGACAUCCAGCAGGUUCUCAACCUGGUGCUAUCCUCUGUAUGUGUUCUCAAUAUGUGCCAAGUUGUGGUGAAUCCCUUUGUUUUUGUUUUGCAGAGAUGCAAUGUUACUAUCAUCUUUGUAAAUAAUGAUCAAAAUCAUUCUGACACUGUGAUAUGAUUUUGUGAAAUUCAAAUGAAAUGGUGCUGAUAAGAAAUGAUGUGUACAAUAGUGAUGAAUGUGUAUCGUUUUGCAUAUUGAAAUAAAGAAUAGCCUUCUUUUUUCAUAUACAAAAUGUGUCACAUUUGUGUCUGCUCUUAUGUUGCCUGCUGGGCUCCACUGUGUCAAUGCAGUAGAGCUCUGCACCACAGGAUGGCGCCACCUAUUUAUAUUUUCAAGACUUUGUUUAAGGCAAAAGCUUCUGCACUAUGAGCCUAUACUAAAUUAUUGCAUCAUGUCUUCUUCUUAAAUACCUGUUGUUAAGUUUUACAUUAUACCAGAUUUGGAUGCA